AUGAAGGGAACACUAUUUUCUAUCCUCUGGCUUGCCGGUCUUACCUUCUCCCAGGAUAGUUCCGCGCAGUCACAAUCGUCUUCCUUUGUCACCUCGACUGGUAGUCAAAGGCAACUGUCAAGCGAUGCGGCAGGAACAGCGACUGUUCCGUCGGAUUUUGAGGGCAGCACUAUCGCAACCAUAACCAGGUCAGCGCGUUCUAGCAUCACUGGGUCUGGAUCAUCUGGAGCGUCGAAUGCAACGAGCUCAGAGGAUCCUCUAACAGAGAUCGGAGGGAGCAAUAGGACGAGAACACCAACCGCUUCAGGCACAUCAGCAGCUGUACCACAGAAUACGCAGGCAUGCAACAACUACCUCGAAUUCUGCAACAGACGCUACUCCAAUAUUACAGAAGUUGCCGCACACAACUCGAUGUUUACUAGGGCUCGAAACGCAGGACGAAAUCAAGAUUACGGAGCUACUCAACAGUUGAACGAUGGAAUUCGGGUGCUACAGGGUCAAGCGCAUCUUGUCAAUGGAACACUCCGUUACUGCCACACCUCUUGUGACCUCCUCGAUGCUGGAACCGUCGAAGAUUACCUCAGCGAAGUCGAGACAUGGGUGCAAGCGCAUCCCUUUGACGUCGUUACCAUCAUCUUCGGAAACUACGAUUACGAAAAGACAGGCACGGACGGCAAGCCACUUGUUACCUCCUCCAACUUCGUCGACCCGAUCGAGAAAUCCGGCCUCAAGCAGUACAUCUACCAACCUCCCAAAACCGCUAUGACUCUCGAAGAUUGGCCUACGCUUGGCGAAAUGCUCCUCCAGCAGAAGAGGGUCGUAACAUUCAUCGACUACAACUUUGACACAGACGCUGUUCCUUGGAUGUUGUGGCAAUUUUACAAUGUCUGGGAGACGCCCUAUUCUCCCACAAAUGCCGCUUUCCCUUGCACCAUCGACAGACCGGAUGGUCUCGGCGACGAGAAAGCCCGGGAGAUGAUGUACAUGGCGAACGCUAACUUGAAUGUUGAUUUCGCAUUCGCAGGGAUCAGUCUGCUUGUUCCGGAUUACACCGCUUUGAAUGUGACGAACGCUGCUACAGGGAACGGGAGUGUCGGGCUAAUGUCCAAUGGAUGCAUUGCGACGUGGGGCCGCCCACCCAAUUUCCUCCUCGUCGACUUCUAUAAUCAAGGCCCUACGAAUGGCAGCGUAUUUGAAGUCGCCGCUCGAGCGAACAACGUCACAUACAACCGAGACUGCUGUGGCACCCAGUCCAUGGCAAAUGUGCUUUUCCACCCCUCUGCUAAAUACUUUGGAUUCGUGGUUGCGGUAGCGGUGGCUAUGAUACUAUGA